AUGCCGUAUCGUGCAGAACUGAAACGACCGGACUUGAAAGGCUCGUUUCCGUGCUCGGUAUGCGGAAAAAUCUUUUGCCACAGUUCAUCAUUGAGCCGCCACCGUAUGCAAGCUCAUUUCAAAUCGUACACCUGCACACAGUGUAAUCAGGAAAUCUCAAGCAACGACACUUUGCGCAGUCACAUGUUCCGCUAUCACAAUAUCACAAGGAUGUUUAUGUGCCGCUGCUGCAACUGGGCUUUUCCUGACAAGACUAGUCUCCACAUUCACAUGCAAAGCAUGCUCAGAAACGGAACUCCGGGCGAAGUUGCAGUUCUUGCGAGAAGUUCCACGGAAGAUGGACACAUUGGCAGUCCAGAAUCUCCAAGUAGAUCUCCAGCCGUUUCAACUGACGGACUCUUUAAAAAUGUGAAAAAUACCAACAACAACACCGCCAUUAACAACAAGAAUUUGGCUUCAAUUUUCCCGAACCUGUUGAAGUCUCAGGAAUCUGUCACUGCCAAUAAGCCAAUGUUCCCAUUGGACUUAUCCAGUUUGGGAGCUAACAAUUUUCUCACAGCCUGGCUUGCCAAUAAUCCGUUGGGCGCUAACUUCAAUAUGCAGAAUGUAAUGAAAAAAGAUGCACAGGAAAAUUCAAGCGACUAUGACGAGCUCGAGGUUCACACCACUGAGGAAGAUCUCAAAGAUGAGGAGACGAUCAACAGUGAAACUAGUCCGCGUUCGGUUAUUGUCAAAGCUGAGCCGAUCGAGAAAACUUCUGUGAAGCGCAAGUUGAGCUUUGACGAUAACGAGGAUAUCGAUGUCGAAGGAGACGAGGGAGCUCCACGUCUUAAGAUGAGCAUCGAAGAGCAUCUACUCCAAGAGCAGCCAUCUCCAACUGUCUCGGAUUCACACGUUAGUGGUUCCUCAAUUCACUCUGGAGAGACCAAGUGUUUCGAUUGUCAGGUCGCUAAAGGAAAAUUGUCCGCUUCAGAAGAAAAGUGCAGAAGUUACGAGAAGCAGAUCCGCGAACUUCAAUGCCAGCUCCAAAUGCUGCGCAAGUUGUCACUUUCUCCGGAAUCGGUACCACGUCCAAUCAUCCCACCGGCGCUUUUCCCCAACCCAAUGCUUCCAAUGGGACCGGCAACACCAUCCAACUUGCUGCAAAACCCAGCAAUGAGAAUGCUCAUCAACAAUUUUGUGCAAUCUCAAAUGAACCGCCAAAUGUGUUAA